AUGUUGGGAAGUCUUGAUUGCAUGCAUUGGGAAUGGGCGGCAUGCCCAACCGCUUGGAAAGGGCAACAUCAUCGUGGUGACCACGAUGGUCCUACCCUAAUAUUACAAGCGGUCGCUUCUCAAGAUUUAUGGAUUUGGCAUGCGUACUUUGGCAUGGCUGGUACGAACAAUGACAUUGCAGUUUUAAUGACCUCGAAUCUAUUCGACGAUGUCAUAGACGGUGUUGCACCAGAUACUUCAUUCUAUGCAAACGACGUGCAGUAUAAGUAUGGCUACUAUCUCACAAACGGUAUUUAUCCCGAGUGGGCGACAUUGGUAAAAAGUCUUUGGUGUCUAGAUGACGAAAAAAGAUUGUAUUUCAAGAAAAAACAAGAGUCAGCAAGAAAAGAUAUCGAGCGGGCUUUCGGUGUGUUAAAGAAAAGAUGGUUUAUCAUCACGCAGCCGUCGUGGAUACUUGAAAAAAGUAAAAUGAGAAACGUUAUGUAUACGUGUAUCAUUUUGCAUAAUAUGAUAUUGGAGGACUCGGAUAGUUAA